CGCAACACCACCCUCCUCCUGCUACUACAAGAAACAUCCCAUAAGAACACGUCUCCCUCACUCAAAAAUUUUCUCAAAGCCUAACGCCCUAACCCAUCAAACCCCCAAUUCUAAAAGAAAAAUCAAAGACCUAAACCCUUUCUUACCCUAUUGACUCUCCCGUGCACCCCCUCUUAACGUAAUAAAAGACUCUCUCACACGCCAUUUCCUCCCAUUUUCUUCCAACUCUCUCCUCCACUCCGCUCCAGCUAAAUAACCAAACUGAUCACAGAGACACUCCAAUAAUGACACACUGCUUCAAGUUUCUCAGCUUGUUCCUUGUUGCUGUGGCCCUUUUAGGAGGAGGAGCUUCGGUUCGAGCCCAAGACGGCAGUGAGAAGUGCGGUUCAUGCGCUACACCCAGCCCCCCUCCGCCGUCUCCUCCGCCGCCAUCACAGUGUCCACCUCCACCGGCGCUUCCACCACCAACACCGGUUCUUCCCCCUCCUUCCCCCAAGAAUCCUCCACCGUCCACUUCGUACUGCCCUCCUCCGCCGUCGUCGUUGAUUUACAUCACCGGUCCUCCCGGGCAGCUGUACCCUGUUGAUCAGGACUUUAAUGGUGCUCAUGGAGUGAGGAACUCGGUCGGCUUACCAAUUCUGCUCGGACUCGGAUUGCUGGUGUUCUGGCGUUUUGGUGAGCAGGCCGGACUUGAUUAAUUGGAUUAUAAUAAGGUAAGAUUCAGAUGACAAGGGACAUAGAAUUUGUUCUUUUUUUUUUUUUUGGUAGUUUAAGGGAAUUAAAGGGCCCGAGGGUUGGGAAUUGUUGCUCCAUCUCAAUUGUGUAUUUUUAAAUCUUCAAUAACAAACAAUCUUUCAGUUUCAAUUCUAUCAA